AUGUGUAAAUAACAUCUUAAUAUCGAACAAAUCAUAUUAUUAUAUUUAUCCAAAAGGAAGCUUCAUCGAAAUACCCGUCACUGUUAUUCUAAAACAAAAUGUAUUUAACGUGUAGGUAUCAAAAUAAAACGUGGCGUCAGUCAAUGUGAGAGUAGAGUGUUAUCUAUGAAGGGUACUUGACAGUAUUUUUUACUCCAAUUAGGUCCACGAGGAAGGUGUUACGAUAGCUAGAGGAUUACAUCAGUGAUGGGUUCCGUGGCCAGUUUAAUAUUCUUGCCCGACUCUGACUGCUUGGUGGUCAAAGACAAAAUCAAAACUACAGACGCUAACUGGAUAACGACCCAUGCGAUAGCAGCAGAGCUGAGUAUAGCCGAAACGGAGAGACUCUGGUUCCGGUUCCGCCAGCUUGGUUGCAAUAAGGACGGAGUUAUCACUGAAUCCAUUGUACAAACUAUCAAACAGGAUGCCUUCGCCAAGGGGAUUUUGAAAAUGUUCCUGUCUAGUAAAAAGAAGUUGACGUUCGAGAAUUUCCUACGAGGAAUGAAGUGGUGCGAAACUGGGGAUACGGAUACCAAGCUGAAAGCUGUGUUCAACCUGCUAGGUAGCUCAAAGAAUGUGACACGAGCAAAUUUUAUCAAGGUGUUGGAACUGGUAUACACCAACCCAGAAGAUAAAAAGGCAAUACCUGGGAUUGCAGACGUUGUUUUUCAACAAAUGGACUCGGACAAAAAUGGUAACUUUAGUGAGAAUGAGUUCGUUGACGGGAUUAAAAGAGCCAUACCUGAAGAACUGCUCCAACAAGUUCUGGAGUUCGAAGUGCUGCCUAAUUACAUGAGGGAACGUCUCUACGAAGACUUACCCGAGUUCCAGAUGGACGUGACCUUGCCUAGUGGAGAAUCCAGUGCAGCACCAUCUCCGUCCCCGAGCACGUUCAUUGGUGGACUAUCGACGGGACGAUCCACUCCUUCCGAUCGCACUAUCAAACACCUUGUAGACAAGAUAUACACCAAAGAUCUGGAACGCCUUAGUAACAAACUCGGUCUGACCAAGGAGGACCAUGACGAGUUAAAGAAUAAAUCUCGGGAUAACAAGCACCUGGCAACUUUGAUCUUAGUAAAGUACAGAGAGAGGGCUGGAGGCCAGACCAACAGCAGGGACUUAGAAAGGGCGCUUCGAGAUGCAGGCAUGAUCGAAGCGUCUAAACUACUUGCGCCAUGACGUCACCAUUAUCACGUACCGAGGUAUUGCUACAGCCAAACAGUGUCAACAACAUUACGUACCACCAUGUUCUGUUGUAGCCAAACUUACUUUGACUUCUUGUCCUUAAGAGGAGCCACAACUCGUAACCAUAACAACAUUGCCGCAAUAUUGAUGCGUACUCUUGAAAACUUGAACAUGACGGUCAUGCUAUUGACGGACUGCAAAAUGGGGUUAUUGUGAUGGAAGUUUAACGAGUACCGUAACUAAUUUGUCAAGGACCAUUCCUUUUUAUUGAAUAAAUAUACAAAAUAUUAUA